AUGGAUGAUUCUGACAUAUUACCUUCUCUUGUAAAGUCCAAGAACAAGUUUGUCAUUGGCGGCGAUGACUCGACUGCUUUACCAUCUUCACCUCCACCGGCAGAGAUUACGUCCAACUCAGCAACAAACAACAACACCGGCAGACGUUCCCAUCGACAUCAUGUGAAACGACGAUCGGUUGGUCAUGUCAAAAUGCGUCCAUUGUCGAGAGUGCAUAGCAACAGUUUGACGGAUACCGAAGCUGAACCAGAUGACGGCAAAAAGAAACGAGCGCCAUUGCGCCGGUCUCAGUCUCAUAGGUCGUUACGAGUCGAAGGCAGCCUUAACAUGACAUUAUCCAGCACGACACCGAUUGUGACGAGGACGUCGACAUCAUCCCAGCAGAGCAACAAGAUGAGCAGCAGCAGCGAUCAUAGCAGUUGUUGUAGUAGCAGCAAUCCAUCCUCACUUCACGUAUCUCAAGGGGUGGUGGCACAGCCAAUAGCUCAAACGUUUCAUGCGAUUGCUAACAAUAUUGUGGUGCCCGAACCCAGAGCCGCUUAUUCUGCAGCCCAAAUCAUCAGCUCAUCAUCUCCAAGAUCAUACGAGAAUACUAAUGCAUUAUUACCAUCUUCAUCUUCAUCGAUGCAUCAUCAUCAUUCACCUUCUUCUUCAAGAGGAGGACAACAACAGCGACGACGACGACGGAGGAUAUUAUUACGGUCUCAAUUCCUUACACCCGAUCAUGAUCCUGUACAAGAUCCUGUGGAACAAGUCGACAGCGAAUAUCAGUUGAUCCGUGAAUAUCAAGAUCCAAUGGUAGAAAGCUUGGUACGAUGUAUGUUAAGGAAACGACGUAUCAAUGUGAAUCGAACAAUGUCAUCAUCCGCUGUUCAUCAACUGGCACCCACGCCUAUGCACACAGCUCAGCGUGCAGCUGCAAGAAGACAUCACAAUACAUCAUCCCCAAGACCUACUUCACCUGUCACAGCUUCCCCAUCCAAUGCCUCCGGAUCGGGAUUGCUAGGUAUCCGUUGGAGCACAGCCACCAGCUUAUGGGAUCGCAUGAUGCGUAGUACCUAA